UUCAUGGAUCUGUAUGUGCUGUGGAACCCUAUCAUUGGCGCCAAGGACCAUGCGUCCAUCCAGAUGAACGCGUCUGAGGUUGACAAAGUGACAGGCAGGUUCAACGGCCAGUUCAAAACCUCUGCUAUCUGCGGGGCCAUUCGCAGGAGGGGCGAGUCAAAUGACUCCAUUCUCCAGCUGGCCAAGGCUGACGACAUCAUCUCAAAGAACUUCUGA